AUGUCACGCAUUCAGAACCUUCCCCCGAACACCAGCCGACCAAGGUGGAAGUCCAGCAGCAUGGCGUCCAAGAGCGCCACACUGCGGUUUCUGCGAGCGCUGCUCCUCAUCUUUGCAGUCGUCUCUUCUGUUUCUGCUGAGAUAACGGAGGAAGGGCGGCUUGAAAAGAUGUUGAACCAAUUGAAGGAUAUGGCCCACACUGUCCUGGAGAAUGUCGGCUUGGAGGAUGAAGAGAGGUACUCGGAGGAGGACGUGACAGACAACGAUACCGAAGAGCCAGGUUUCUCCAAUGCAGUAUCCUUUCUGGACACAAUGAAGUCACGGGGUCUCUUUGGAAAAUGGAAAAUUGGAAAAUGGCACGGACUUGGACAUGGACAUGGACACGGACAUGGAUCCUCAGAGGAACACGAACAUGGAUCCGGAGAGGAUCAUGGUGGAGGGGGGACAGUUCGAGCUUGUGAACACAAGACGCUGUCCCUGUCUUGCUCCUCGGGUACGAUCCACGUCACGGCCGCACUGUACGGUCGGAAAGAGCGAGGGAUCUGCUCGGGAGCUGUGCACACCACGAACUGUGAAAGCUCCAGAAGCCUGUCGAAAAUGAGGGACAAAUGCGAUGGAAAAAGCUCCUGUUCUGUCCAGGCCUCAAACAGCGUGUUUGGAGACCCCUGUGGAGGAACGGUCAAGUAUUUGGAGGUCACAUACCAAUGCGGUUCAGGCUCCGGUUCUGGCUCAGGACAAGAAUAUGUCAGCCUCGGCUGCUGGAAAGACACCUCAAGCCGAGCGAUCCCGAUCAUCGAGGGGACCGACUCCCGUCUGGACGGCAGUUACAGCUCCCGGCAGGACGCGCUGAAGAAGUGCUACCAAGUGGCCAAAGAUCGCGGCUUCUCGGUCUUCGCGGUGCAGAACGGUGGGCAGUGCGCCUCGUCACCCAUCGCCGGGGGAACCUACAGGAAAUUUGGAACAUCGACGGGUUGCAAAGGGGACGGGGAAGGAGGCGGGUGGGCGAAUAAUGUCUACAUGAUCACAGAUGCCACUCGAAAGUAUAUCACCCUGGGAUGUUGGAAGGACACAUCGGACAGAGCCAUCACCAUUGUUGAGGGGUCGGAUGGCCGCCUGGAUGGAUCAUACAGCAAUCGCCGAGAUGCCAUCAACAAAUGCUACGAGGUGGCCAAAGCUAGGAACCAUGGCAUAUUCUCCGUGCAGAACGGUGGGCAGUGCGGGACGUCGGCCAACGCACGAAGCACCUACUACAAGUUUGGGCCAUCAACGAAUUGUAAAACAGACGGCAAGGGAGGCGGAUGGGCGAAUCAAGUCUACCGAAUCAUAGGAGCAGGGGCACGCUUUGGAUGGGUCCAGUGCUCAUCCAGCUGGGCCAUUGAGGCUUCGGGCACGCCAUAUGUUCAAGGCGGUGUGACGUAUGGUCCCGGGAAAGUCCUGGAUGGGGACUCAAGCACGUACUGGAACCCCCAGGGAUUGUCAAAAGACUUCAACAGGUGGUACAUCAUUUUCAACUUUGGGGCGAGAUACAGAAUUUGGAGGUUCCGUCUCUCCAACUUUGGCGACAACACACACGACAUCAAGACAUUCAAGGUGCAAUGGUCGGAAAGCGCCAGUCCUUACAACUGGGUAGACGCCCUGUCUGUCGAAAGGGCUGAGGGAGGAACAGGCGAGGUCCAGUAUUUCUCCGGCUUUGGGGCGACCGCUCAGUUUUGGCGACUUUACAUCACUAGAACGCACUCCGGCUGGCAACCUUGGCUAAAGGAAGUGGGUUUCUUCGGGAUGGAAGCGGUAGGAGGAGGAGGAGGUGGUGGUGGUGGAGCGACUCAACAGUGUGCCGGCAGUACUACCAACCUUGCCCAAGGUCGCCAAGCGGCACAGUCGAGUACGGGUUACGGAGGCACCCCAGACCGGGCGGUGGACGGGAACACAAACUCGCAGUAUAGCGGGAACUCCUGCACACACACCAACUCGGAGGACAGGCCGUGGUGGCGAGUCGACCUGGGUUCCUCUAAAUGUGUGGACCGAGUCGUCGUCACCAACCGACGAGACUGUUGCUCGGAGCGACUCGGCGGCUUCAAGGUGUACGUCGGCGACAACCCGACCGUGACAGAGAACCCAACGUGCGGGGGAGAGCAGUCUACGCGGAACAAGUGGUCAUUCACCGUGGACUGUGGUGGUCGCACAGGCCGGUACGUGGGGAUAGCUCUACCAGGCAGGGAGUUCCUCACACUGUGUGAAGUGCAGGUCUUUGGAGGUUCAGGCUCCGGUUCUGGCUCAGGACAAGGCCCGCCAUAUAGAAGCCUUGGCUGUUGGAAAGACACCUCAAGCCGAGCGAUCCCGAUCAUCGAGGGGACCGACUCCCGUCUGGACGGCAGUUACAGCUCCCGACAGGACGCACUGAAGAAGUGCUACCAAGUGGCCAAAGAUCGCGGCUUCUCGGUCUUCGGGGUGCAGAACGGUGGGCAGUGCGCCUCGUCACCCAUCGCCGGGGGAACCUACAGGAAAUACGGCACAUCGACGGGUUGUAGAGGGGAGGGGAAAGGAGGCGGGUGGGCGAAUAAUGUCUACAUGAUCACAGAUGCCACUCGAAAGUAUAUUACCCUGGGAUGUUGGAAGGACACGUCGGACAGAGCCAUCACCAUUGUUGAGGGGUCGGAUGGCCGCCUGGAUGGAUCAUACAGCAAUCGCCGAGAUGCCAUCAACAAAUGCUACGAGGUGGCCAAAGCUAAGGGCUUUGGCAUAUUUUCCGUGCAGAACGGUGGGCAGUGCGGGACGUCGUUCAACGCACGAAGCACCUACUACAAGUUUGGGCCAUCAACGCAGUGUAAAACAGACGGCAAGGGAGGCGGAUGGGCGAAUCAAGUCUACCGAAUCAUAGGAGCAGGGGCACGCUUUGGAUGGGUCCAGUGCUCAUCCAGCUGGGCCACUGAGGCUUCGGGCACGCCAUAUGUUCAAGGCGGUGUGACGUAUAGUCCCGGGAAAGUCCUGGAUGGGGACCCAAGCACGUACUGGAACCCCCAGGGAUUGUCAAAAGACUUCAACAGGUGGUACAUCAUUUUCAACUUUGGGGCGAGAUACAGAAUUUGGAGGUUCCGUCUCUCCAACUAUGGCGACAACACACACGACAUCAAGACAUUCAAGGUGCAAUGGUCGGAAAGCGCCAGUCCUUACAACUGGGUAGAUGCCCUGUCUGUCGAAAGGGCUGAGAGAGGAACAGGCGAGGUCCAGUAUUUCUCCGGCUUUGGGGCGACCGCUCAGUUUUGGCGACUUUACAUCACUAGAACGCAUUCCGGCUGGCAACCUUGGCUAAAGGAAGUGGGUUUCUUCGGGAUGGAAGCGGCCGGAUCCGGAGGCGGUGGAACCUGUGCAAGCGGUUACCAAAGGUACGAAGGCACCUGCUACAGGGCGUACGGAGAGAGGAAGUCCUACGACGACGCCAAGGCCAAGUGUGCUGCCGAUGGCGGCCGCCUGGUGGCGCCAAAGACCGAGAUGCUGGAUAGCUUCAUAAUGGGCCUGAUUCGUGGGAACGGAGGAGGCGAUCACUGGAUAGGAAUGGACGACAGGGCAUCGGAGGGCGCUUGGACAUACAGCGACGGGACACAUAUGCAGAAUUGUGACUUCAAGAAAUGGGCCCCCGGGGAACCGAACAACGCCUUCGGUCUGGGACAGGACUGUGUGCAGUACUGGUCAGCAGCAGGCAACCGCUGGGACGACGAUAUGUGCAACAAUCAAAAGAAAUUCGUCUGCCAGAUUGGACCCGGUGAUAACAACGGCUGUACCGGGCCCGGUGGAUACAGUUUCGUCGGCUGUUAUGUGGACAGUCUGUUCCGCGUCUUCCCACACGACUUCAAGAGGGAUGAUCAGCUGACAGCCCAGACAUGUGCACGGCAUUGCAGAUCUAGAGGAUAUGCGUAUUGUGGUACUGAGUGGCACAAUGAGUGUUACUGUGGGAACGAUGCCAACUUCGCCAGACUCGUGAGGGCGACCGGACAAUGUAACGCUCCUUGUCGUGGAGAUAGCAACGAGAAGUGCGGAGGGGCCUGGCGCAUAUCUGUCUACCGUCUGGCACGUGGCGGAGGAGGAGGUGAAGGUGGAGUCGGAGGAGGAGGUGGAGUCGGAGGAGGAGGAGGAGCAGUACAGGCACCAGAAGGUCUAUGUGGUCGUGCCUGGCAGGCGAUAGAGGGUGCCCUGAAGUUUGUCAGCGUUGGCGGCUGUGGUGUUUGGGGAGUGAACGCGAACGAUGACAUAUAUUACCGGGUCGGCACGUACCUCCGCGAGAGCCACCCCGGGACCGACUGGUUGAAAGUCGACGGAAGACUGAAGCAGAUCAGCUCGGGAUACGGCAUCGUGUGGGGCGUCAAUUCAAACAACGACGUCUACGUCCGAGAAGGUUUUAACGGUGGCAGACCACAAGGAAGCUCGUGGACGAAGGUGGACGGCCAGCUGAUCAUGGUCAGUGUCAGCUCCAAAUACGACCAGGUGUGGGGAGUGAAUGCCAACCACCAGGUCUACAGACGUGUGGGCGUCACCUUCGCUAACAAAAGGGGUACGUCCUGGCGACAACUGGACGGGAGGCUGAAGUACGUGUCGGUCGGACCGGCGGGUGUGUGGGGUGUGAACGGCAACAACGACAUCUGGUACCGAGAGGGAACGUACGGGGACGAGCGGGCGGUCGGGACCAGGUGGAGGCUGGUCUCGGGAAAGCUGAAACAGCUCACCGUGGGGUACAACGUUGUCUGGGGCGUCAACAACAGGGAUCAGAUCUGGAUUCGAGUUGGGAUUACUUCACGUCGCCCGAUGGGGGUAGACUGGGUUCUCGUGCCGGGACGCCUGUCUAUGGUGUACGUCAGCCCCUCGACCAACAAGGUGUGGGGAUGUAACGCCGGGCACAACAUCUUCCGCAGACAGGGGAUCUGGCGCUACGGCGGUCACAGAAGUGGGCAGUUCUCGUGGUUCCACACCUCCGGCGACUGGGCCACCGAGGGCUCCGGGACACCUGCCACCGAGGGAGGAGUGACCUACGGACCGGGGAAGAUCUUUGACGGCAAUCCAAGAACCUGCUGGAAACCAACGGGCUUGCCUCAGAACUACAACCAGUGGUCCAUCGUCAUGAACCUCGGGGCAUCGUACCUUCUCUCCCGGAUCAGCAUCACCAACUACGGAGACACUACUCACGACAUCAAGUCCUUCAAACUGCAGGUUUCGUCCUCGGGGAGCCCGUACAACUGGCAGGACGCGCUGGUGGUCCCCUCGGUGACGGCAGGGAGCCACGCCGCGCAGGAGUUCGACAUCCCGCCGGUGACAGGUCAAUUCUGGCGCCUGUUCAUCACCUCCACUCACUCGGGAAGCGCGCCCUGGCUGGUCGGCGUCGCCUUCAACGGAAUACGAGCAGGCACCUGCCCGAGUGGAUGGUCGUCAGGAGGCUACCAGUGCUACCGCGGCUUCAAAGACGGAGUAGACGCGGGAACAGCCGCUACCAAAUGCAGCGAAGCGGGAGGCAGGUUGGCGACAGUGAAGCACAGGACCAUCCACAGCCUUCUGGUCCGCCUGAAGAACGCCAUCGACGCCAACGGCGAUUUCUGGAUCGGGUUGAGCGAUAAGGAAAGCGAAGGCGUCUGGAUGUGGUCUGACGGCUCAGUGUCGAGCGGCUUCAGUGCGUGGGCUUCUGGUGAACCCAACAACCUGGGCGACGAGGACUGUGUCCACUAUUGGGGCCACAACAGGGGCGACAACCAGCGAGAUCAGUGGAACGACGCAAGGUGUACCGGCACAAAGAACUACCUCUGCGAACGAGAUAUUAGCGGUGGCUUAGGCGGCACAGGCGGAGGCGAAGGAGGAACUGGUACUGGAGAAGUUCCUAGAAAAUGGAACUCAAACCUUCGCUGUGGAUCGGCGUUCCCGGCUCCUGGCUCCAAUCCCGGUCAGUGCAACCCUGACGGUCCCUUCCCUUGCUGCUCUCCGCACAACUGGUGCGGCAUCACUGCACAUCACUGCACCUGCGACGGCUGCAUCGACUACAGACGCAGGCCAGGUGGCGGUGGAGGAGGAGGAGGACAAGUAGCAGUAGGAGGAGGAGGAGAACUAGGAGGAGCAGUUCCAGGAGGAGGAGGAGGAGGAGGUGGUGGUGGAGCGACUCAACAGUGUGCCGGCAGUACUACCAACCUUGCCCAAGGUCGCCAAGCGGAACAGUCGAGUACGGGUUACGGAGGCACCCCAGACCGGGCGGUGGACGGGAACACAAACUCGCAGUAUAGCGGGAACUCCUGCACACACACCAACUCGGAGGACAGGCCGUGGUGGCGAGUCGACCUGGGUUCCUCUAAAUGUGUGGACCGAGUCGUCGUCACCAACCGACGAGACUGUUGCUCGGAGCGACUCGGCGGCUUCAAGGUGUACGUCGGUGACAACCCGACCGUGACAGAGAACCCAACGUGCGGGGGAGAGCAGUCUACACGGAACAAGUGGUCAUUCACCGUGGACUGUGGUGGUCGCACAGGCCGGUACGUGGGGAUAGCUCUACCUGGCAGGGAGUUCCUCACACUGUGUGAGGUGCAGGUCUUUGGAGAAGGAAACAAAACUCUUUUAGCUGUGCUGGAGGAGCAGGUGGAGCCGGAGGAGCAGGUGGAACAGGUGGAGCAGGUGGAGCAGGUGGAGCAGGUGGAGCUGGAGGAACAGGUGGAGCAGGAGAAACAGGUGGAACAGGUGGAGCAGGUGGAGCAGGAGGAGCAGGUGGAGCAGGAGCAGGAGCAGGAGGAACUGUCGUCAUUCCAGCUGACAAAGUCGGUAGGCGUGGCCUAA